AUGAUAUCAAAAGAUACACAGGCACAAGCUCCUGAUACAUCCCCGAGUUUUUCAAGCAUAAGAGUUGUGCAGAAGAACCUUGUGUACAUAAUAUGCAUUCCACAGAAGUAUGCAUACGAAGACGUUCUUUGUAGGAACGAGUUCUUUGGACAAUUUGGAAUCAUCAAGAAGAUAGUUGUGAAUAAACGUGCAUCCUCAUUGGAGUCUACUGCCAGUGCAUACAUCACAUACAGCACAAGCGAGGAAGCAAGGAUAUGCAUACAAGAAGUUGAUGAGAGCUUGCUCGACGGAAAGGUUCUGAAGUGCACAUAUGGAACAACGAAGUACUGCACAUUUUACUUAAAAAACUCAAUAUGUCAGAAUGGAGAAUGCAUGUAUUUGCAUGAAAACAAGCCGCAGAAGGAUCUCCUUACAAAGGAUGAGAUGUGCAACUCAAAGCAUAAGCUUCAUGAAUUUGAACCUAAGAAUAAGAAUAAAAAGAGAAUAGGAAGGAAGUACAACCUUGAUAUCCUGAACGAGCUCUUUAAGCAUAAAACAUCAAGAGUGUUUAAAGCACCAGACAAGAUACUCUUUGAGCCACUAGACUUCACAAAUUGA